UUGCUCUUAAAACUGAAAGGUGAUUUUCCAAUCUGUGAGCAUUGUCAUUGUUUUCAUGUACUUCUUAAACAUAUACUUGUGCUUGUUCAGGCUGAAUGAAAGGUUCUUAAUGGCUCCUAAGGGAUCGAAGAAGACCCCCGUCUCUGCUACAUUUGCUGCUGGUGGUUCAAUUAAUUCCAAGGCGAACCCAACUGAGCAAGAAGUCGCGAGCACCAUGGUCGGACUUGUGGAGACCGAAAUAGCAACAAUCGCUGGUGCUGAGAUUGAUAAAGUGACACCAGUCAAAGGGAAAGGUUCCAAAACUUCUGGGUUCAAGAAACCUAAAUCCGGUGAAGGGAAAAAGUUGAAUAGGAACAUGAAGCCCAAGAAGGAGGUAGCUAAUUCUGAAUUCAAAGAAGAAAUCCUGGAGUUAGCGUUGAAAAGUGGUAAAGUGGUUCUGAAACCCUUUGAUUUUUAUCUGUAUUUGAGGGAAAAAUCAGUGAAAGGACUCUGUUGCCUGAAAUUGUUGUGAAAGUUGAUGACUUUGAGGAAUAUGGGUUAGGUGAUUUACUGGAGAAAUAAAGUUGGGAGAAAACUGUAAACCUAAACCUAAAUCCAAACCCAUCUCUUAAUUUGGUGAGAAAGUUC